UCAGCGAUCUACUGGAACAAAACACCUCCUGCAAACGUUAAAGGAAUACUUGGCGAAAACGUUACACUUGGGUGGAAUUUUACCAUUUCAUCCGCCGAAACUUUGGACAAUUUUGUUUUACUUCGAUCCAGUGAUGAUAUGAUUAGAUAUGAUCACAGCAAGGGUGAAGUGACAAUAUUCGAAAACUUCAAAGGUAGAGUGGCCAUGUCGGUCGAUGGAUCCCCGAAAUUUGUCCUAUUCAAUCUACAAGGAAAGGACGACAAAGCCAAGUUCUGCUUGAAGGUCUACACAAAGAUCAAAUCAACCGGUCACGCGCAAAGUUAUUGGCCUACCCCCAAAUGUGCUAAAAUUGAAUUACUGGGUAAGGUUAGUUUGUGCCCUCUCCUGUGAAACGAAUUGCACACGUAAAUUCACUAACUAAUUGUUUUCCUUCCUUGAACUGUCUUAAUAAUGUAGUAAAAUGGAAUUUACCACUUCCUUAGAUCGAAAGUAGAAGUAGCGCACACAAAACAUCUUUUCUUUUCCAUGUAUGGACGAAAGGUCAAGUUUGAUUAUUUGCUCCUCUAUAUCAUAUCAGUUAUAUCGAGUCAGGAAGGCCUAUUCUGUUUCGCAAAUACGCAGAAGAAAGGCAUGGAUGACAUUUAAAGCAGUGUAGCAAACAUUCCGAUAGUGCAUUAUGGGUAUCUGAUGAAUACAACGUUCUUUAACCUGUGAAAUGAAAAACAGUUUCGGUAUGCUGACCAAUGAUUCAACAAAAAUGAAGCCAAGCACCGCUGUUUUGAAAGAUCGGCUAAUUAACGAAAAAAAAAAUUAGCAGGAGUAGAUAAAAAGGCAUAUCUCGGGGAUGCCUAAACGUCCUAUUUCUUGAAUUAAUAUUUCAGAUUUCGAAGUCCACAUCAAUUGUCAUCAUAAGCCAAACAACACAAAUGAUGAUUAUAGAAUCUACUGCAUGACAUUGCGGUAAAAGUGUACCCUUUAUUCCCUGCAUAUUAAGCGAUGUAGUGGGUCAGAAUACAUUGUCAGUCCGGUAGCAACCGGUAUUCGGUAUCCUAUCACUAUACGUUUGUUUGUUUAUUUCAGGUUUUUUUCUCAACGUUAUUUGCAAAAUAGUUAGUUCCAGAGCAAUUGCUGCACAUGUGUCAGGGUUAAUGAAAUGGAGCUCAAAACUUACCUCUAUUUUUUAAAAGUCUGCUAAACAAUCAUAUUUUCUGCUUUCCUUUUUCAUUUAUUUAUUUUUUCUUUCGCAGAACGUCCCGGAAUCGUUGACAUCCCAAAAAACCACACCGUGACAUUUAUUGAGGGAAAAAACGUGACAAUCAACUGCAGCGCAACUGGCAUACCAACUCCUAAUGUUACGUGGACAAAAUCAGGCAAUGAAACUAAAAACUUUCCACCAUCAUCUCCCCUAAAAUUGGAAAAUGUAAGCAGAGAAGAGGACGGCUUAUAUUGGUGCGUAGCAGAAAAUGGACUUGGUAAAGUCACUGCUUCUGUCAGGGUCAUUGUUCAAUGUAAGUAAUCUUGGAAAGAGUAGGAAAUUGGACCAUUUCCCUUCACAUUUUAUAAGAAAUGUACAAUGACUGAUAUAUCGUAUCCAUAUUACAUAGCGUGGUUACGACUCUCUAAGAUCCACUUUUAAGUAAUCAGAGGAAACUUUUAGACGUCUUGCAAACGAAGGAAACAGCGAGAAAGAACUUCACGUAGUUAUAGUAAUUAGCACGCAAAUUGCCCAUGUUUCUAAUCACAAACAUCCAACCACCAAACGUUAUCGACUUUGAAGGUCUGAAGAAGGAAAUAUAGGUUGAAGCGCUUGAAUAUGAUGUUAAGUUUGUUUUCGAUGAGAAUUCUUGAUAGCUAUUCUUAAUUUAUGGCACCGUCGGAAGUUAUUACUUUUCACUUUUUUGGUUAACGGUUAACGGUUAAAUGGUUAACGUUAAAGUUUUCCAUCCCGGUAAUUAACAUUGCGCAAAAAAUUUGCCAGAUACUCUAAGAGAAUAUUAAUCAAAAAGGUUAAUUUAAGCACCGGAAAUUCGUUAACAUAAAUAUCAGUUCCAUAUAAACAACAACAAAAAAAAACGUGUAUUCAGGUGGUCGCAUUGGGAUGCCAGAAAAGAACAUCGAUCAUUACUAUACUUACCCGUUUGCACAAUGGGAUUAGAUGAGCCAGUCCUCCUCGUGCGAUGUGCUACUUUUCAGUUUAUAUAAAGUUAAGAUUAUAUUUCUGUGCACUAAACAAACGUUUUCAUUUAGUUACCUUUACUGAAUCUUGCCUCUGUUUACACUUAUGUUGAAUCAAGUAUGCAUAUGUUGCUGAUCAGUGCACAUGAACUAUGUAGGUGUGCUAAAAAAGCAGAGUCCCAGUAUAUUCAGACCUUCUUAAACAAGGACGAUAAUGUUGCAAUUUGACAACAACUAGUUCGACUAUCAUUUGAUUGUAUAUUCAAUGACACCAUUGUCUAAGAAACUGAUAACAUCAUGCUUUGUUAAGUAAGGAAUACACAAUUAAUUGUGAGUUCUGCUUGUCGGUGACUGAAACUAAAAGAACCACUUAUGCAAUAUGCUGAAUUAAACUACUAGGUAUAACUGCCUUCUCUCCGUAGACGCCCCAAGUAUUAGCAUAGGACCUAUCAGUCAAACAGUGAAUGAGUCUGAUGACUUGGAGCUUUUCUGUAAUGCCACUGGGCGUCCAACUCCUCAAAUCACGUGGUACAGGGUAACGGACCCUUCAGUGCAACUCCCAAAUGGUACAGCCCUCAAAGUGAAGAAUAUAAACAGAACUGAUUCCGGAGUUUACCAGUGCAGGGCUAGUAAUGGAAUUGGAACUGAUGUGUGCGCUUCAGCCAAUGUCACAGUCAACUGUGAGUAGAAAAUUAUCAAUAAAUAUGAGACUGAAAUGAAUCUGAAAUAUAUUUAAAGUUGUUUUCCCUCGCCAGCUCCUCCUGAAUUCUAAUGGUUGCAGUAUUUGGUCCUUGUCUCUAUAAAUCCUCUUUAAACAUAAUUUAUCGAGCCCUAAAUGUGGCUGUUAAGAAAAGCGAUCAGUUUACUUUCCCUCACAUGGACACAUUAUUAGCCUUAUUACCUUCGGCAAGUAUAAAACAAAUACACGGGGAUAUGUCAACGGGGAUAUGAUCGGUGUACCACAACAAUGCAGGUGUACUAAAAAGACAGAGUCUAGUUACAGUAUUGUCCCUAGCAGUAACAAAAUCGUUGCAAUAUGUUAAUAUCUAGUUCCACCAUCACUUGAUUAUACUUCCGAUGAUACCACUGUCAACGAAACUGAUAACGUCACGCUGUUUUGCAAUGCCACUGGAUAUCCUCAUCCACGCAUAACGUGGACAUUUUUGAGAGGAUCAGAAUCAACAAUUGUUGGACGUGAAGAAUCUCUUCCCUUGUCCAACGUUAGCAGAACUCAAGCAGGAACGUAUCAGUGUAUGGCAUCCAAUGAUUGGACUAGUUCAAAGGCAGCCAAUGUACAAGUGACAGUAAACUGUAAGUACAGAAGUCAGAGUUGAUCCACAAUUAUUCAUCUCAAUUAAUCGUGAGUUCUACUUGUCCGGUCGGACUAGUUCUAAAGAGGACUACUGCUAACUGUUCAAAUUCCUGCUUUGAUAAUGAAAAAUACGUUCUUUUUCAUACUGGCACGUUAAAAAUUUCUAAAAGUUGAUCAAACGGCUAAAGAGUUCAAGUUUCCAGUUGGCAGAUAAAAAUCAUAUUCAGUUAGUUCAUUAGGAUGCCAGAAAAGAACAUCGAUCAUUACUAUGCUUACUUGUUUGUCCAAUGAGAUUGGAUGAGCCAGUCCUCGUCAUAUGAUAUUUCAUUUCUCAAUUUAGAUUAAGUUGGGAUUGCAUUUCUUCCGCACUAAAUAUAUAUUCAUUUAGUUACCUCCACUGAACCUCGCCUCUGUCCACAUUAAUGUUCAAUCGAGCAUGCAUAUGCUUCUGACCAGUGUACAUCAACUAUACAGGUGCCCCAUAAAAGUAGUCUCGAGGCAUUCAGACCUUCUCUAACAAGGACGAUAUAGUUGAAAUUUGUCAAUAUUCAGUUCCACCAUCCUUUUAGUACAUAUCUGAUGACACCAUUGCCAACAAAAUGGAUGACAUCAUGCUUUGUAAGUAGGGACAACACAGUUGUUCUGCUUGUUGGUGACUAUAACUAACGUUGCCAUACACUAAAAAAAAGAACCACCCAUGCAAUACGCUGAACAAAAGUAUUAGGUAGUUUUGCCUUUUCUCCGUAGACGCCCCAAGUAUUGACAUGAGACCUAAUCUAAGUCAGUUUUUCUUUUUCACAGCUUCGCCUUAACGUCAAAUGGAUAAAGAUUCUGUUUCUUAUCUCGAUCAUCUUAUCUUUUGCAACAUAAUUUCGAGAGCCCUGAUGGCUCCUUUAAGGAAAGGCGAUCUCUUUUUAAUCUUUCUUAUACAUUCAAUUGUUAUUAACCUUGCGGGAGGUCUGUAUGGGAGAGUCUUAAAAGAGGUUGGUAGCACGCAUCGAUCACAGAAGGGUCUUUACCAGCGACCAAGGUCAAGAUUUUGCCACACGAACUGACCAACCCUGGUUAAUAAAAAAAAAUGAAAAAGGAAAGAACAUGAGAAAAUUUAUUUGCUCCCUUCACUAAGCUCAAGAAUUUAUCUGGCUUACUUCUGACACUAACCCUUCAGCCCAAAUAGGAUAAGAACAACCGUUCAAAUUCCACCUUCGGACAAUUUUCGUUAAGUAAUAAAGAAAAACACUUCCUCUUUUCAUACUGGCUCAUUGAAAAAUUCUCAAAGGUGACCAAUGUAGGAAGGAUUUCAAAAUACUUCAUGUGCUGUUAAUUACCGUUAGAAGAACUUGUGGUCUCUUAAUUCCUAUCCUUGGAUGUUCACUAUAAAAAUAUGAGUGCUGCGGACGAAACAAAUUGUACAAUAGAGAUGUAGUUUAACGGGAACAAGUGGUACAAUGUAAAAACUUAAUUACCUCUUAUUUAUUACGUUCUUAUUAAGCUUAUCAAGGGGGAAUAUGAUUUUUCCCUUGCUCAGCUAACGUCCCUGUUGGUUUUGCUAUAGAAAAUACAAAUAUUUGCCUUACCAAGUAUUAUCUUCAAUUGUUGAAACCACCUUAUCGUUCUACAGACCCUAACAGGAAUCUUUUGAUACUCGUCAAUUUCAGAUAAACCAUUUGCGACCCGCCUCACAUCAAAUGCUACGAGAAACACAGCAAUUAGUGGCCUACCGGUAACCUUUUUCUGUAAUUCAGACAGUGUACCGCCUCCAGCGCUCGAGUUACGUUUCAAGAACAAAUCAUUAGGUCUUUUUAGUGGUAGAAUGUUCACCAUUGAACACGUCAAUGCUUCAGACGAAGGAAUGUACCAAUGUGUGCCGAAUAACAUUUUGGGAACCGGCCCAAUUGCGACUCUGUACCUAACCGUAGCAGGUGAGAACAGAAAAUGAAGACUUUGAGUUAGGAUGUGUUAACAAGCUAAACUACUUUAUUUCAUGAAUAAGGUUUUAUCAUUAUUAAGGACAAAAAAAAAAUAUAAAAUAUAGUUUAUUUUUCUUUUUAGACUAUGAUGACAGAUAGUGACCAAUAAUUUACUUUUUCGAGUGACAUAGUCUUAAAAUUUUUCCCACGCCGAAAGUGGAUGAACAGAAGCAAGACUCCAUCAUACGAUUAAUUACUUUACCGGGAUAAAAUUUUUAUCCUUUGACAUAAAUUUUUCUUUGAUCGUUUCAAUUUUGCUUGAUUGUUGGCGACUUUGAUUAUGAAACGAGUAUUUUUCAAUCACUGACUUCAGUUGUUCCUUGUUAGCUACAUUUACAUCUUUUGACAUCAGGAAUUACACUUUUAUAACAGUGCUCUAUCGCUCUUAAUGGCAAUGUUGUCGCGUUUUUUUCAACAUUUAGUUCCACCAUCAUUUGAGUAUAUAUCCAAUGACACCACAGUGAAGGAAAAUGAUGACAUUGUGUUGUUCUGCAAUUCCACCGGACACCCUCCUCCACGUACGCAUAACGUGGACGAUUUUAAGCGGAUCAAAAGCAAGAAUUGUUGGACAUGAAGAAUAUCUUAACCUUGUUCAAUGUCAGCAGAACCCAAGCAGGAACGUAUCAGUGUACAGCAUCCAAUAAUGUGACGCGUUCUAAGACAACCAAAGUACAAGUCACGAUAAACUGUAAGAACAGAAUUAUUGAUCCACUGUCAUUUAUCUUGAUAUUUUGACAAGCCUGAUAGUUCGGGUGUGAGACGUCCUGAGAAGGACUUGACAGUGACGGAGACUGAUUUUGAUUUUAAUGUCUGUUUCGGGAUUCUGGAAACGCGACUCCUUGUCACCGCCAACAGUCCUUUGCAAAACUACUCUCGUUCAGACAACAUGAUCGAUUGCUACUCUUAGGUUGUGAACAGAAAAGUACUGAUUUACUUCAGUCAUAACUAACUUUACACGGUUUUCUUAUAAAAGGGGAGGUCUCCUUCUUUAAAAACAGCUGAAAUGGCCACAAAAAUAAAUUUCGGAAUGCAUUACAAUUAUAUUCAACCCUACAUUUCAACUUAAAGAUUUUAGAACUAGUCUGAAUUAGUGAUAGAUGAACUAGUGGACAUGUGUCUUUGUUAGCAAAAUUGAUUUACAAAAGCUCUCUAUUUGAAUGAAUCCAACAACGGCUGCUUUCAGAUUUAACAUAGCCUUUUUAUGGGGGUGAGGAGAUAUGGGUUUCUCAAUGCUACUUCUCUUGAUUUGUCUUUGUGCUUGACCGGCAAACCGUAGAUAAACCGGAGAUCAAAGACACGGUCCAAUCGACAAUUUAUACCUGGAUUAACCGAGAAACCAAAUUGACGUGUGCGGUGGAUGGUGUACCUCGCCCAAAUAUCACCUUCACUCGAGCUGGAAGUAUACUGCAUUCUACGCCGUCUGAAAAUGGCGCCAGUCAACUUAUAAUUAAACCUGAGGGUGCCACUGACUUUGGUGACUAUACGUGCACAGCAAAAAAUCACCUUGGUUCUGUAAAAAAGAUCAUUAAAAUAAAGCAAAUAGGUAAGAAACGUUACGAAUGAAGCCAUCUUUAAAGAAGUCUUCUAAAGUGACGAUUUUGUUGUAUGUAACUUACCGUACAAAAGAAAUCUUAGAGAGAGAGAGCUGGGUUGCAUUCAUCAUGUUCCCCUUGACUGGGAAAUAAAUGGAAGCCUUAUGGUGGGUGAAAAAAGGUUUAUGCCAUUUAAUUUUUCCGAAAAAAUCCGCCAAAAUGGCAAGGAAGAGCAAAAUUUAGGGAAACUUUCUUAUUCAUUGCCAAAUGGUUUUCUUCGAUUUCAAGAUAAGCGUUUACUUUCGGUGCUAAUAACUUGCACACUGUAUAGUUGCGCCUGCAGCACCAGAGGGACUGGAGAUUGAAACAGGACUUCACACCAUGGAAAUUCAUUGGCAGUCGUUAGAAUCCACUCCUGAUAGCCCUGUUGAAGAUUAUCUGGUAAUUGUGGAGAUGAAAGGUGAAUCCGAAAGUCGGAAAACCUGCAUUCGAGUCCAUACGGGUAAGCGGCAUCUUACGUGUGCUAUAAACGAUCUUGAGAGUGGGACGGUGUAUAGCGUUAAGGUUGCAGCCCGUAACAAGGUGGGCUACAGCGAGUUCGCAGAAAAAGAAGUCCAGACAGAGUCAGAAGCCAAACCCAUAACCAACACAGGUAGGUUGCUAUGAGAAGAGAAAAUAAUUUAAUUAUCAUUAUACCGUGUAAUGCAAAACAUGUUUCUUCACUUGUUUUUGACCGAAAGCGAACGUGUAUUUGUUAUGUUUGCAGCAGUUGCUAUAAUUAUGUUGCAGCCCAAUCUGUGUGAUCUGAAUUUAGGAGAGAACUCUGUCAAAAGGCCCAGCUUUCAAUCACUUAACAUUCAAGACCUCCUUAAGUAUAUGUCAACUUAGCAUAUCAAGUUAAUUGUAAAGUAACGAGAUUAUUUUAGAUGAGGAGAAACACAUCUUUUUUGGUGGAAAAUAUCACAUAUAUUUCUUAUUCUAGAACACUGAAAUCUAGAGUGCUCAACUGAACUCCAAGUUAAACUUCAUAACACUGCUUUAUCGGUGUUAAUUAUGAAUCUGAGACCGUCAUUAAAUGAACCUCAGAACAAAGAAAAGUUCAUAGCUUUUCUCUCAAUAUCGUCGUUAUCUUAUUAACGGUGUUAUUCAUAGCAGACUCUGUUGUAGGAAACUUAAUUUAGCAUUUCCUUGACCCUUUGUUAUAUGCAAUUAUUUCACGAUGGUAAGCAAACAAACUCUCUAUUUCAGUAAAGAAAGAAUUCCAGGAGCAACAUCAGCAGGAACACUUGUCAAAUACAGUCAUUGAUGGCAUUAUUGCAGGAGUUCUUAUUUUCUGCAGUCUGGUAGUGGUAAUUUUUGCAGUUCUCAAACACAGGCGACCCUGUCAUCCAGGUUAGUUGUCUCGAAGCUUUUCUUGACGAAGAUGAAAAAAAUUGUGUAAGGAAAUUAUCCUCUAAGGAAUUUACCUCACGUCGAUGGUCGGAUCUUCGGCCAAUGUCUCUGAGAAUACUUUUCCGUGGAGCCUGCUCCAAAUAUACCCCAACAGAUAGUCAGAUCUAAACAGAGUAUAUCAUCUUAGGGAAGUAACCAGUACUCAGCGCAACAGAGGGAAUGAAUUUCGUUAUGAUGUGUAAAUCUUUCUAAUAGUUAAAAGGAGAUGCGAGUUUCUUUUAAUGAAACGCAGAGCAUGAACCUAAAUGGAGUGUCUAAUAAAUGUUGAAAGUUCAUUAAAAGAGUACUAAGUCAGGAGAACCGAACUGAAGACUGAAACUGAAACUUGCCCAGUCAACAUAAUUCUAAGAUAAAGGUGUAAUGUUGUAUAGUUUUAAAAUAGUUACAUUUACUUUUCUUUCAACUUCUCAGUAUGCAAGAAGGAAAGCCAGGAUUUAAGGUACAACCACAUUAGCCUCUUAUUGUAAUUAUCCAUACCAGUGGGUAGUCAUAAAUGUAUUACAUCAACGUGCCAUGAAGAAAAAGCUGGCUUUUCAUUCUAAACAGCCUCUAUUUGGCGUAAAAAAACUUGCACGGAUGUUUGUCCGCAGUCAUUAUCCCUUUCGAGAAGCUGACAGUUUUCCUCGAGCGAUAAAUUCGCGCUAAAGGAGGCUGUUGUUGAUGUAACCUCCAUUUUGCUUGAAUUAAUCUCUUUUGUUUGUUCAUCUGCCAACUGUUCUUCAAAGUUCACAAUAUCUUUUAGAGCAAAGCUCAGAGGAAACAGUAUAAGCUGAAAGUUUUCCCUGAGCUUUGUUCUCAUACGACUGUUCACUUAUCAGAACAAAUCGUGUCCGCAGAAAAAUCUUUGCACCUAUUUCCGCAUCAGGUAAAGCCCAGUGUCCGUGUAAUUUACAAUUGAUCCGGUUGUCAGAGUGGGUCUUCUCUAUGUCAUUAGCGUAAGAUGACCUAGGAUCUGAAAAUUAAUGUUCAUAUCCACGCUAUAGAUGCCCGUAUGUUUUGCAACGUAUUCAAACUUUCAUACCGAUCCAUCCUAAGAGUCAUAAGAUUAAAUUGCGAAUUCUAAGGUUUACGUCGUGUCGCUAAGACUGACUACAGCUUUACGAAUAGACUGAUAUGAUUAUUUACUUUAUUACAAGCUCUGAGGAGUGCAACGAGGGGCAUGAUAAUCCAGUAUGCAGUUCCGAAAAUCCGGUAGCAGAUGAGAUGGAGGUAAGUUACCAGAGCUAACUUGUAUUGUUUUAAGCUAGAUGGUUUGCUUCUCAGCUCCGAUCUGGUAACUUGUGACGUGCAUCUAAUUAAAAGCAUUCCGUUGGGACUAAUAAAACACAUUCUGUAUCCGGAAAUUGGGCUAAUAAAACACAUGUCCUGCUAUUUACUAAGCAGCAAUGCUCUACAAACAGAAUAUAAACCACGUGUUGGGCCUUGCUCACCAUAGAGUCUCUAUGGCUUAGUGGUAGAGCAUCAAAGCGCGGAAUCCGAAGUUCUGUGGUUCGAUUCCUCGUGGAGACUUAGAAUUUUUCUUUGGCCGACGUUCGCGACAAGACGAAAAACAUCUUUCUCUAGAACAUUUAUUAUUGCAAAUUGGGCUAAAUAUAAACGUUAGCUUUGUUUGCUUGAAAUGCGAAAUAGUCUACUGAGAAAUGUAUAGUGUUCCUGUCUUACGUGGUUUGUGUUUGUUUUUUCUUUCUUUUUGGCAGGAACGAGUGUGAAGUUCAUAGCCUGCAUCAGCCCUCUCAUUGAAGGGUGCACCAUCGUCUCGAUAAAUAAGGAAACAGUUAUUAUUUGCCGCCUGGGAAGGGGAGGGGUUGAAGAUUUUGAUUGUGUCCCGAUAAAAUUGACCUGAUCCCCGCCUCCCCGAAGGCUCUGUCUCUUAUGAUUACCCUCCCCCUCAUUGGCAGUUGAUUGGCAGUAAAUGUUCUACAGUCCUCCUUAAACUCUGUUGGCGACCCUUCCCCUUCAAAACUAUGUGACCCCCCCCCCAAAAAAAAAAAAACCUUCCACCCAGCCCUCCCUCAGGUGAUAAAUAAUGACUUGUCCUUAAAGAAAGAUUGUAAAAAAUGCGUAUAGCUGCCCCCCCCCCCACCAUGCGUUUAACACGAUGUUUGUACAUUACUUGUAGUUCCUUCCUGUAAGAACCGAACGUUAACUACAUGUUUUUGUAUAGUUAUUUAAUAGCUGGCAUUGCCAUAGAGAUUAGGAUACCGUCAUCAUUUGAGGUGUCAAGACUAACGUAGUUACAGCUUGUGUAUAUUAGUUAACACUAGAUACCUGGUUUGUUGCCAGAAAGGAACAAAAAAAAAGAAACGCUGAAACGUCUUCCUUUUUUUGCAUUAUGUUCUGACGUAUGAGGCUAUGCUGAGAAACAUGUUUUUUAAAAAUAAGUGGAUAAAUACACAACUGGAACUCUAAAAGUUUUACAGGAGUUAGAGUAGAAGAUAAAUAUUGAAGUGUGCCUGAUUUCUGGUGUGUGCAUUCUAGGUUUCACCGUGUUACAUGCUUAAAAGUGCAUCAUCUUGUUGGUUUACUCGUUUAAUUAACCUUUGUCGAGUUUUCUUGUAAUCUUGCUUGCAGUGCAAAUUACUUGGAUAACAUCUAUAAAACUGCUUUCUUUAUGCUUAUUUUGUAUUGCUUAGAGGUGUUGAUUAUGAAGGAUUCUUUCAUCGAAUUUCUAUCUCUCUCCACCGCUUAUGAUUCGAUUCUCUGUCAAAUUAUCCCUUGACCAUUCAUAUGUUGUUCAGUAAAAGCGUGUUUGGUCCUCCAAUCUGAACCUCAAAAUAAGUAUGACAUUUACAGCAUGCAUUCUUCCCGGGAGCUGACCAGGAGAUUAUCACUAUAUUCCAAGGUGAAUUCCUUGCGGCAAUCGACUCUCAAACCAAGCAAGUUGGCAGUCCUAAGGUGAUAAGGGCUUUGUAAUACAGAAAGGUCACAGCAAUGGUAAAGCAAAGCAACGCUUCAAUUUCUUUUAUAAGUACUUCCUUACCUACGCUUCCUUAUUCAGUAAAUACGCGCACCAUAAAUUUUGACUCCCGAACAACAUUAAACAAAAUAAAUCAGUCGUAUUAACCCUACCAUGAACUCCCGUGAGUGACGAGAAUGAAUUUCUCUUGACAAUAUCAAUAUAAUAUCAAGUAAACCGGUAUAAACCGGUAUAACUUUACAAGAAUAUACCACGAUUUUGUCUCCACUACACAACAAAUAACACAGUAGUGUAAACCAAAUAAGUUUAUUCAGGGAAGCCUGCCGAGAACCAACCCGAGGCAUAUGUUGCCUGAGGCAUACAUACAUGCAUACAUUUGCAACUGAUAUACCAUAUACAAUAUUGAUAUACAAUCAAUUCCUGACACAUUCAAAAAUAGGUAUACAUCGCUAACAUGUUAACUUCACCAAGUCAGGAUUAACAGAGAUGGGCAACCACUUACAAGGACACUACUUCGGUUAUGCGGAGGCCACAAAAAAACCUCUUUGAGGAAAAAAAUAUGACAGGAAAUCUGGGUAGGAACUAUGGCCCAAAUUCAGAGCAUUUAGUAGCCCAUCCUACGAGGCUUCAUAGUUAAAUACAAUAAGUUUUUAAACAAAAAUAAAUUUGGCGUCAGCCAAAGGUGCAAGGUUGGUUCUGAAGCCUAGGUGGACAUCACGUGCCAUACUCUACCCAUCGUUACCCAUGAUUCUCGGGCCUAACUUAGUCCCAGGCCUUGUCGUAUAUCGUGCCGACAAAAUAUUUAUUUCUGCCUUAUUCGCAGACUCAAUCGUCAGAAAUACCAUUUUCUUGAGCUUGGACGAUUUGGACCAUAAGCCAAGCUCUAAGUAAAAGUCAAAACACAACCUAGUCAACUUAUUUCGCAAUCCGUUAUUUACUUAAGAAGGGAUACAUCCAACCAAUACAAUAAAAACAAUCGAAGACUCUCAUCCGAUAGUUGUAACACGCGAUAAUAUUCCAUGUCAUGCUAUUUUUAAACCAUAAACUAGUGUUAAAGAGAAAAUCACAGAAGUAUCCUACAUGGUGUUUUUAUCUAUUAAAUUAAGAGGAAAUACUAUAGAAGGUCACUGAUUUGAACUUGUUUUUACUCAAAUUUCCGCUCGCUCAAACGCAAAUUCUUUUUCUUUGAAGCACGUUUUACAGCCACUCUUUACCAGGUAACCUAAACUCCGAUCCAGAGCGUCUCGCAAUUUAUUUUUCUUUAAAAUUAGAGUUAUGCAGCUAAAAAAAAGUGGAAACGCUUAUUUGACGAGUCCGGAAUGUUAUGAAAAUGAUUGCAUUACUUAAGUUUUAGUAUUGAAAUUAACCGUGAAAUUGAAAAUUCUAUAUUUCAUUGUGUUUCUUGUACUUUUUUAGAGGGAAAAUGGUAGUUCGGUUAUGUCUCUAAGUAAGAACUGUAAGACACAUAGAUGGAAAGAAACUGCCUGUCUUAAGCAAUUGUUAAAGAAAGCAGGCUGCCAGUUUUCUUUAUGUCGAAUUUUGCUUCAGCUCGUUGCUCAAAAAGUUCCACUAGGAGCCAAUUUACACCAUUUACUUACAUAACAAACAAAGAUAUUUUCGUCAUUUACAACGAACACGCUGAUCAAAUACACCUGACCGAUAGAGGCCAUACACUACAUGUACCUUUAUAAAAUUGCCCUUAAAAUACAAUUGUGGGGUAAUUGAAAGCGUCACUCCUAAGAAGGUCAAGCCACAGGUUUGGAUUGAAUCAAUCAUCAAAAGAAGCACAGUUCCAUCGGGGUGACUCAUCUGAGCGGGACAGGUUACUCUCAGGGAACAGACGAAUAGUUUUUUUAAUAAUUCUAAGAAGGACGGGUUACGACACCGAAUUCAAUUUUGAAACAACAACUGAUUUCUUCAAGCAAGUAACCAAGCGGGAUGAUACUUAUGACUUGGAUUCAAAUCUUAACAUACUUAAAUCUCGCUAUUCUUCUUCCUGACGGAGGUAAGUAUAAAUCUGUGACUUCCCUACACAACGCUCUUUCAUUCUAUUCAGAUUUCAUGUUCUAUAUUUUUCUCAGCCAUUUAAAUUUUCGAUUUAUCGUCAACAUAAGCAAACGUAUUUACUUAACUGAAUAAAUAUUUUGUACGAGUACCGCUGACUUUUUUGUCUUAGCAGGGGAAAUAAAGGUGGGUCGCGAGUCACCACAAUAGCAGUAUAAAUGUUACAUAUCGGGGUGUUCUUAGUCAGUGAGAUGUGAUUAGAGCCACCAGGGGCUCAAAACUGGCCUUCGCUUGCGAUUGGCUACCUCAAAGCACGAAGUGUCUUUUCUUAUGUCUAUUUUUUUAUUAUUCGUGACUAACAAUGGGAAAUAUCAUGUUUGUUAUUUUCUUGUCUUGUAGCGUGUUUCACAUGGAUACAAGAGCCAGAGAAACCAACUCAAGCUCAUCUGGGUUCAAGAACUGUCCUCCGAUGGAGCUUUGAGUCUGUUGGUGACACCUUUUUGUUUCUCUUGAUAUCUAAAAACAAUUCCUUGUAUGGUGAACCAAAACAGCGGGAAAUUGUAACAAAACUGGCAAACGGAACCAUAUACAUUUAUGAUGAGUUCAAAGAUCGCGCUGAGUUACUAAACCAGACUACACUUGUUCUAACUGGAAUACGAAAUGAUGACGAUGGAAACUACUGCUGUCAAGCUUUCUUCUUACAAGGAAUGUACACAAGCUGCGUGGAUUUACUUGUGCUAGGUAUGGUGACUCAGUGAAAUGAUUUUUGUUCUACCAAUUUAUCUUGGACUGAUCCUAAGUGAAGCAAGAUACAGUGCGAAACACACAAAUAGAGCUUCCGGGAUCAGUUCAGGGUCGCCCGUCUUGCUUCAGCAGACAUUAAACCUAGAAGUCAGUCAUUACAAGAUAUCAUAAAAGGUCAUGCCAGUUUACAAUCUCUUGGUCAGUACUCUACCCACAAAAUGUCCCCCUAUCUCACAAAUUGUGGCGCAUCAUGAUUUCCGAAAUAGAGAUAUUUGAGUUUCCUUAACUCUGACCUAUUUUCGAUCUGUAGAAAACUUCAAUCUUUCUAAAGUGUGCCUUUUAGCCUAGUUAUAGCGAGUUUCUUUCUUGUAGUCAUUAAGAUUUCUUUAUCCGAUUCCUACACCAUUGUAAUUUCCUCCUGCAAUGCAGCUGUCCUUUACUUUCUUUUAUUUUCAAACAUCAAUACAACUUAAUAAGAGUGUUUUCGAUGAUUAUGAAUCUUAAUUGGUCAUGCCAGACAAGUACGUCGAGUCUACUUCUGAAGAAGGUUGGAUGCUGGUAACGUUAAGUUGCAGAAAGAGGCUGCAAAAAAAUCGUGUCUGCCCCGAUUCCCAAAGCUGCGUCCGCAGUGGAUAAGCCAUUCUCCCUUUUAGACUUGAAAAGCUUAAGGAGCGAGAAAAGUGUCUCUAAAUCAUGUUCAGACAGAGACCACCUCAAGGCAUUCACCUGAUUUGUAUGGUUGGAUAUAUAUCCGCAAAAAUAGAAUGCCUCAAGGCUCUUGGGCCUAAUUAUAUUAUUAAAAAAUUGAAUGGAGGCAACCAUUCAGUUUUGAAACAUUACUUCCGACCCUUAGACAUUAAAAGCGGCGUUAAAAGAAAGGCUUUAUCUUCACUUCCCCCUCAUCGAUAUUCUCCACCUCCUUGCCAAUAAAUCAGCCUUUUGGGUCCUCAACCGAAAACGUGUACCUACACACAAGAUCGGGAAAGAGACUGUUCUUCCAUUAGCAAAACCCGUCCUUUGCCGGAGGCAAGUGCAUCGGUAAGCUUACGUGGGAGAAAGUAGAGGUGACAGCUUUAGGGCUAUGUUACAAGGAUUUUGAAAACCUGAUAUAUUUCUAAACAUCAACUCAAAGAGCUGGGAAGAAGAAGCAGCAAGAAGCGAUCGACGUCGAGGGAAGAGAAUAUGCCGAGCGGACUGAAUAGGAGAGAACCAAACAGAAGGAAAUCAACUGUAGCAACAGCCUCACAACCCGCGAUCAUCUUACUCUGCAGGGACUGUCGUUCAUGCCUUGGUCUUAUCAAACUAAAGUCGACGAUGUUUCAGCCACUUUGGCGCAUCAAUUAUGAUCCACGCCGACCGAAGGAGGACUUCAGUACCAUACAAAAUUAAGGGAGCAAAAUUGAGCGCACUAGCAAUACCUUGUUUGGGUUUGAAUCAAUUUGUUAUUUGCAAUAUUUAAUGGCGAUCCUUUCUGGAAAUAUUUUUCUUCACAUUUCUUACCGAUAUUUUCAGUGAACCUUCAUUUGCAUCAAUGUCUAAAUCUCUUAAACCACUUCCUAACUUUCUUCAUUACAUCACAAGCUCCUUUCGGUUCAGUGGCCAGUUAUUAUGGAUGUAAACAGCAUAUAAAUGUUUAGAAUCACAACUUAUGUCUUCCCUUUACAAAUAACUGAGACUUUAAAAUCUAAAUUAAGUUUAUGAUUGAAAACCAACCACUACUUUAACAUUUGCAUAUUUAGUGGCUUUGUCCUCUUCAUAAGAACAACGCUGAAUUACAGCAAUUUGAAAAAUAAGAUAAAUAACUACUACUUGCCAACUUGAACAGAUGAUGUCACUCGAUAUCAUUCUACACUCUCAACAAUUAUGGCCACGAGUUCUGCCUUUACCAUGUCUCAAGUUUAGGAAUGAAUUCAUUUUUAUAAUAGCUAUUUUGGUUUGGUGAUGAUGCUCCCUUGCUGAUAAGAUGGAAUCGUGUUCAUAAUUAGUCCAUAUUCAAGAGAAUAUGUUUAAACGUCGUCGCCGUUCUUAUUUUGUUCAUGAAAUCUUUGUCGAUCCAUAAUGGUAAAAUAAUCAUGGUGACCACAACAUGUACACCAGAGACAGAUGAAGAUUCCUGUUAUACAGAUCAGAAGCGAAAUUACAGAUAAUAACGAGUGGAAUUCGUUAUAAUGAUCACCUCUAAGUCUCUUCUCUGCGCCAGCUUCUGCGUCACACAGCGAUAGCAGAUUGCUACAAAGCACCACAAAGAAAAUGUCACCCACAAUACGUCUUCGCUUCUUCCUGAUAUGGCUCUCUGAGUGUUUUGUUUCUGGGUUUGUGUGAAAAUUCGUAAAUUUUUCAAUCACUUUCCACGACUUAGACUGGUAAGGAAACAUCAGUGAUGGCAUCUUUGAAAGUUCUAGUGCUGAAUCAUUUUCCAGUGUGUCACGAAGUCGAGAUACAGUGAGAAGGCCUUAAUUUCAAUUACAAGGAAAAAUCGAUCAAUUUGUCGUAUGUAAAGUUGGUCACCCACACAUAAAAAAGUUCAUUUGACCGAGUGUCAAAUACAUUGAUCGGAACGUGACAUCGCUUAAAAGGAACUUUUGGCAACUGCUGUCUUAUCAAGACCUUUGUUUUAACAGAAAACGAGAUCUAAUAACGUGUCUGACAGUUUACAUUUUGUUCUGGAUGCCUGGCAGGUGAGUUUCGCAUCUAAUCUCCUGAAUUCAGCCACCAGCCACGUUUGCUGUAUAUUACAUAUCUAUAUUGAAAAUACUUCUUCUAAUUUCUUUGACUGAGGGGCCCAGCUGUGACGUUGUUCGUCUGUCAUUGUCAAACAUUGACUAUAAAUAUUUUAUGUUUGAUAACUUAGAGCGAGUCGAUUUUCUUCUUCAUAACACGGAACAUAAAUAAAGAGGAUAUUAUUCCAAAUGGAAUCCAUCUGAACGAUCUUAUUUCUUUUGCUAAUCUGCUUCUACGAAUUCUUUAUGAUAUAAAAGAGGUUUACCAAACGCAGAAAUCGACAGAAAUCAUUAACUUUUGAAUUGGUGACUUUUUCGCCUCCAGCAAUGCUUUAUCUGUAAUAGCUAUUGGACUAAACACUAAACACACAAAAUUAUGCAGAAAAACGUUUUGGUGUAAACAAUUUCCAAUUUAUUCUAAUAUCAUUAUUAUUCAUACUUUCUCUAGGAUAUGUUUUAGCUAGCAAUUGUUAAGCAAAACGUAAAAAACAACGAAAUAAGGCAAAAGAGGUUGUCGAAUAUUAUAAUGGCUUAAUGUACUUUGGUAAAAAAUGUGCAAUUGUUAAUUGUUGUGUUUUGUCCUGAAUAAAGCUUUGAUCCAUGGCUAGGCUUUCAAACUAAUUUUUUUGGACUGAAUGAAAAUUUUGUUAAUAGUAAACAUAAGGAAGAGUUUUUUUAUUUAUUCUACCUUUUCCUUGGAACUCUGACAGGGUAAAAGUUCAUACAAUGAUUUCGUAUCACAAAGACGGAACAAAUACUUCACAUUUAGCAGCUCCUCCCUUACAUAUGAGUCUAAAAAAUGACCUCGGGAAAUAGGGAUUCGUUAUCCAAUAUAACUUUUAUGCCUCAGGUUAUCCAAGGUACCUAAUAACGAAGAUUUUCAUAUUGCCAGUUUAUGCAGCUGAUCAACUGAUACCCUGAUUAACAAUUUCAGGGAUGUCCUCUGCUCGCCUGAACCUUUCCAUACUCAAAGUUGAAGCAGGGUCCAAGAAAUUUGUUUUUCUUUCGCCUUUGCAGAUGAUCUUUUAAUAUAUUUUGGCAAAACCGAAACUCUUUCAGAUUUCACCGCUUACAAUUAACAGUUGUGCACUAAUGGAAGAUGAUUAAAGCGGGCGUGAAAACGGAACUAAGCCAGGCAGAUAAUAGAAGAAAUAUCACUUCUACUCAAAGACCUAUUUUUAGAAAUAAAGGAAACACAAUGAAUUAUUUGCCAAACUUCAAACUGUUCAAGGAAAAUUGUAUAUACUUUCGCAGGCUAGGUGCAAUAUUUUCGUGUAAUAAUUUUUCGAUAAAUAGAUAAAAAAGAGAAACUCAGCCAAAUAAGAUUAAAUUUUGCAGUGCUUGGUUAUUCUGAAAUUAAUUGAACUAACUAAUAAGAAGAGAUUUACUGUAAUAUUUGAUGACAAAGUUCAACGCUAGAAUUUUAUCGAAAUAUCUAAAACUCUAAACACUUUCCAAAAUUGUUCGUAGAAUAUUUUCACGACGUUUCGACGUUGCUUCACGUCAUCUUCAAAUCCAAAGUGUGAAUGACAAAUGAAAAUAUCUGCAAUAGGGAGAGUGUUUUUGUCGUUAGAGUAUAUAUGAAAUAAUUACGAAAUGUUAGAUAGAGUUUGGCACAUGUCGAGUCUUCGAAUCUUCCUUGUUAUCGAAGAUAUGUGGACGACACGCUAGUCACAAUGCACACCAUAGAAUCAACAACAAAGUUUAUCCAAGCACUUAAUGAUGUCCACUCAUACUUGGCUUUUACCGUGGAGCUUGAAGAAGAGGGCUCUAUCGUAUUCUACGGCACAAUUAUUAGAGCCUAUGAAAACAGCUAAACUACUGAAAACCAACUUACAGGCCCUCUAUUACGUUUUCAGAGACGCGUCGACAACAAGAGAAGAUUGGUAAACAGAUAAUUGAUCGUUCUCGCGAGGGACGCUCCCUUAACUGAGCGCGUCAAGCUUUGCACCAUGUUUUAGAAUUUGCGCUUUUUCCUUAAUUUUGAUUGAUGGAGUUUUGAUUUGAGCUGAGUUCAUAGACGGCAGUGUAAUAGCUGAGCGUCAUAUAUAAUUCGGUGUGUUGUGGUCAUCGUUUCAAUUGCAGAAGAGAUCUAACGCAUAAACGUUGUCUAUUCUUUCUGCCCUGUUAUGAGAACGCCAAUGCUUAAACUUGGGCUUACUGCAGACUAAAAAAAUGUUCCUUACGGUGAAUAAGUGUUGCUAACGAAUUAAUUUAUCAUUUUUAGGCCCCAAACCGAUGAACACAUCAUUUAUUUCCUGUUCUGCUGAUAACACAGUGUGGGUAAAUGAUGGCAUUGUUUUCAGCUGUUCCUCAAUUAGCAGUCCAUCUCCUGCAACAUAUGUCAUAUACCAUAACGGCAAGAAAAUAAAGAAAAACAGAUCUGGAUAUCACAAGAUAUGUAACGUCAAGCGACAGCAUGCCGGUAAUUACACUUGUCAACCAAGGAACACUUUUGGGAACGGGGAAAGUAAGAGCAUCCGUUUAACUGUGUAUGGUGAGUGCUGAGUACGCAUAAGUCAAAGUUAACACAGGGGCUAUGGUUACGAAGUCCGACAGGUUUCUUAAAAGUUUCUGUUAAGUUGUUUUCGGACCUGGGUUUUUACUGUCGUGAUUAACUAACCAACCAAUGGAACACUCGAUUGAUACGUAGCACCAAAGUUGUUUGACCACAAGAGCAAAAUAUGUGAUAAACAAGUGAGACAGAUAUAUUUGGAAAACGCCGCGAUUUAGUUUCAUAGAAAAGCUUUAAGCACGAAGUGUUUUGUCCUUACUUACCAGAAAAGCUGGCUGUGCAUGCGAUUCCACGUUGGCGGAAUGUGACAGAGGGGCGUGCUGCACGUUUUGAGUGCAGCGCCGCAGGAAGCCCACCACUCAACAUUACAUGGACAUCCCUGUCCACUGGAAAAGUUUACAGCGGAGGUCUCCUGUUGAUAAAGUCUGUCCAGCGAAAUGACACAGGAGAUUAUCAGUGCUCGGCUUCUAAUGGGCUAUCGGCACCCACCAAAGACAUCGUGUUUUUGAACGUACUCUGUAAGUAAACCUCUUCUAGAGGGUGCAAAAGACAACUAUCCUCCUUGGGAAAUUAUGAGAAGUAGUAGAGACCGGAAUUUGUCCUUUGAUUUAAAGCUCAAAACAAAAAAGGAUGAUAUUAACAAGGAAAGGGAAAAAUUAUGAAACUAUUUAUCAACUUGCCUUCUGGAAUUUCGCAGAUCAUAACUCAUAUAAAUCGUAGAAGGAAGUUUUUUUUAGUAUCUUUGCUUUUUCGUCAUUUCUCAAUGACUAAUCAUUUAACAGUAUAUAUCACUAAAACGCCAUGGAAAAGCUUUGUUGUAACAACUGUUUCUCAUAAAAUGAAGUGCAACUACUCUUUUUCUAAUUAUGCUUAAGACCCCCCGACAAUCACCGACACCGCGGGGCCAAACGUCAAUGUUAAGGAAGGUUACAAGCUCACCCUCUAUUGUCAUGGUAACGGAAACCCUCAACCAGUUUUUACCUGGAAAUUGUUGGGUACCAAUCAAACGUUUAGCGGUGGAGACGAGCGCAAUAUUAUGUUGCAUGCACAGAAGUCUCAUGCUGGAGUUUACCUUUGCACGGCGAGCAACUUCUUGGGAAACGUCUCCAAAACAAUUACAGUAAAUGUCUGGUGUAAGUACGAGUAUAUUCAAUGGUUAUGUGUCAAAAGCAUUAUUACUAGUGAGAGAGUGUCAGACAGUAUUCACUUCUCUUUAGUCGAACUAUAUAGCUGCUCAGCUAUUGUUGCUCGGAUGAUUGUCAGAACAACCGAAUUUUUUUCAAUUAUGUUAAAUCAUAAUUCAGAAAUCUCAAAAAUAAUGCCGCUAACAAGUUUGAAGUUGAGGUUUUAUUUGAAAUCGUCAAACAUCGCCACAAAACUGACCAAUCACGAAUCAGUUGUAUGAUGCUCGAUUUUCAAACAACUCCUCUCUCGAUUUUGCUGUGGUUAUCGAAACGUCAGUCACUGUCACGGAAAACACUGCUGUCACGAUUAUUCUCAUCAAAAUGAUAAGACCAGCCGAUCAAAAGUCUCUUUGCUCAAACUAAGUCUUUGGAAACAACCACUAUCUGCAUGCAUUCGCAUUCGUUCACAAUUUCGCUAAAGCACUGAAAAUCUUUUCUACUGAGAAAAGUGUUCGCCGACGGCUCUUUAAUUCAAACUUAAUGCUUGAUGAUGAUUAAUUUACGCUAAUCAAAAAGCUGUAAAGGAUUCAGUUCGCAAAAUUUUCAUUUAGGAAACCUAGUUUUCCUCUCCAAGAUAAACCAAAAGUUUAUCAGGAAGGAGUGACCUCAGUUACCGUGUGGAUUUGUUGGGAAACUAGAAAACAUUUCUCAGGCCAAACAAUUUUAAUAACAACUAAGGAGAGUUUUUCAUCUCCUAUUUCCAUUAUUGACUAAGUGACUUACUCAAUCGAUAGCAAGUCCAGUUCGUCCAAUCCUAACCCAUUUGGAAUGCGGAAGUUCUUUCAUCCGAGUCUCAUGGAAAGUCCUUUCACAAGAAGAGGGGAGUUUUGUUAUAAGUUACGUGGCUCAAGCGAUCGACCAGGACAACCCCAGAAAUGUUUUUAACUGUUCUGACAUAACUAUCAAUCACUGCAUCAUUAAAGGACUCCAACCAAACACAACCUACUUGGUUCGAGUGUACUCAACAAAUGUGGCUGGACAUGGUGUUUCUGAGUACGAGAGAAUUACGACAAAAGGGGAAGGUAAGUAGGUUGAUUUUCGAAAUAUUUGAUUAGGAAUUUUCAUAACUUGAAAAAAAUCAAUUAUUUGUUAGUUUGAAAAGUUAUACUGAGGAAAAACUAAGGAUGUCUAUAGGGACAAAGAAGCAACAAGGAACAGACAACAAAACAAAUGAAGGACUUUCGACCACUACGUUGAUGACAGUGCUAGCAGCUGUUGGAAUAGCCAUUUUCGUUGUACUCAUUGGGACACUGAUUGCUGUGAGGCGCACAAGGUCUGUUGGAAAAGGU